AUGUCAGAAGAAUAAGUGCAUUUAGAUUUCGACGUGAAUAUUCCAGAAGUUCAAGAAACAUCUACAUUAGAUAAUGAAUAGAAUAAAUUCUUAGAAUAAAAUAUUUCUUUAGAUCCAGAAAGCAAACAGUUUAAGGCAUAAGCAUAGGGAUUAAGUUAUGAUCCUGAAUCUCAAUAAUUAUCUAAUAGUUAAGGUUAAUCAUAACCUUAUGAUUAUGAUAAUGAACCUCCAUUGUUAGAAGAUUUAGGAAUUGAUCUUAAGUUAAUCAAAGAAAGAAUUAUUCAAGUAUUUAAGUUUUAGUAAGGUAAAGCUUAGUUUCAUGAAGAUCCAGAUUUAUGUGGUCCUCUUCUUCUUUGCUCAUUGCUAGGAUUUCUAAUGAUGCUAUCUGCUAAAUUACAAUUCGGUUAUGUUUUUGGGUAUGGAGUAUUUGGGUCAAUCAUGCUAUAUCUUAUUUUUAAUUUGCUCUUAUAAGAAUAUAAAAAAAUACCUUUGUACACAUUGAUCAGUAUAUUAGGUUAUUGUAUCCUACCUAUUAUAGCAUUAGCUUUAUUCAACAUAGUUCUAACAUUGAAAAGUGGAUUUUUUGGGAUAUUGUUAGCCUUUAUAAGUUCAGUAGGGUCUACAUAUCUUUCUAUUCAACUGAUUAAUUAAGGAUUUGAUCUAUUUGAAAAGAAAUACCUUAUAGCUUAUCCAACAUUUUUAUUUUAUUCAACAUUUGUACUUAUUACAAUUUUCUGA